AAAUUAGGUUUAGGUUCACGAAAUGUCAAAGACAAAAUUUUAUAAUAGAAAAGUCUGUUUUGAGGUUGUUUUAAUGUUAUUGUCGCAAAAUAUAAAAGUUGUAAUUUAGUGAAUUGAACAGUAUGUGCUACAAUAUGAAUGUUAUAUGCAGGUUAAAGGACUUUAAAAAAGAGAGAAUACCUGAAAUGCCACAGUAACAAGUUUCGUGAUGGAUAACGUAACUGAAAAGCUAUUGGAAUGUUUUGGUCACCGAAAAUUCAAAAGUGAACUUCAAGAACGUGCUGUUAGAGCUAUAGCAAGAGGUGUCCAUGAUGUUUAUGUUUCAAUGCCAACGGGCUCUGGAAAGUCCCUGUGCUUCCAAUUGCCUGCAAUGCUGCAGGAUAAUAAGGUGGCUAUUGUAUUCUCACCAUUACUGGCACUCAUCAAAGAUCAGAUUGAUCACUUGACAAAAAUUAAAAUACAGGCUGAAUCAAUAAACUCAAAAAUGAGCACAAAAGAUAGAGAGAGGGUUAUCAACGAUCUUAGAAGCAUGAGACCUAAUACUAGAUUUUUGUAUGUAACCCCUGAACAAGCUGCUACAGGCACAUUUAAAAGCCUAAUAGAACAUCUAGUCAAGUAUAAAAAAGUUUCUUAUGUAGUUGUUGAUGAGGCUCACUGUGUCAGUGAGUGGGGGCAUGAUUUUCGACCUGAUUAUUUAAAAUUGGGUGAUUUAAGAGAAAUGUAUAGGAGUAUACCAUGGGUAGCUCUUACUGCAACCGCUAGUGCCGAAGUUGCUAAAGAUAUCCUCUCCAAUCUGAAAUUAUUGCAACCUGUCGCACAAUACAAAACACCAAGUUUCCGGAAAAAUCUGUACUAUGAUGUGAUAUAUCAAAAUUGUAUUGAAGAUGAAAUCGGUGACUUAUGUGAAUUUCUAAAGAAAAGUUUAAAGGAAGAUGACAUUGUUAAGCCUAAAGACAAAAAUGCAGUUAUAGUCUACUGUAGAACUCGCGAACAAACUGAGGAAUUAGCUCAUAUGUUGAAUAAAAGGGGUCUUAACUCACUGUCAUAUCAUGGAGGAAUGAAGGCAUCAGAGCGCAUAUCAGUACAAGAGCGAUGGUCCGGUGGCGAGUGUCCGUGCGUGUGCGCGACGCUAUCGUUCGGUAUGGGUGUGGACAAGGCCACCGUGCGCGCCGUCGCACACUGGGGCCUCGCGCAAAACGUCGCUGCUUACUACCAGGAAUCAGGUCGCGCCGGCCGCGAUGGUAAACCAGCGUUUUGUCGAAUUUAUUAUUGCGGAAGGGAAAGAAACGCAGUCGACUUUCUUCUUAAAGCGGAGAUGGCGCGCGCUCGCACUCCCGAACAGAAACAACGCUGCAAAAAUGCCUACAAGAGCUUUGAAAUUAUGGUGAAAUAUUGCGAGGAAGUUAAAUGUCGUCACAAGCGGUUCGCGGAGUACUUCGGCGAGGAGGCGCCGCGCUGCGAGGCGCGCUGCGACGUGUGCCGCGACGAGCGCGCCGUGCGCCGCGCGCUCGACCAGCACCAGCGCCGCGCCAUGAGCGCCAGCCUGCAGCGCGCCGGCUUCAUCGCGCACGACGCGCACGACGCGCGCGACGCGCAGGACCUCUACGGCAACGGACGUCUGGGACUCAGAGAUAUGGAGUCGUACUACGACGGGGAGAGCGAGGGCUCCGACGGCGACAGUCGGCGCGUGGGCGAGGAGACGAAGUCGCUCAUACUCAAGGAGUUCGCAGAGAGGAAGAAGCGCAUCACGGAAGUAGAUCGGCAGGCCAGCGACGCCGUCAGCGCCGUCAACUCUAAGUGCAGGGCUGCUGAGAAUACCGCCACAAAAGUGAAUGGUCUGACGGUAGCGAGUCGAGACAGCUACCUCUCCCUCUUGCUAGAAGCUCUGAACAACAAUUUGGCCAGCAUGAAGGAUGUCGACGAACCGGAGAAGCCUUUGAAACGUAAAGAUGUGGAGCAGUGCGCCAUAGACCUGGAGUACGAGGCCUUCUCUAAUAGUACCGUCAUAAGUCUUUAUAGAAGGGCCAUGAUCAAAUUGAUUUCAUCAGUGAAAGCUUGUACGGAGCACUUAUUUCCUCGGUUAAAGAAAUUCGAGCCCCGCAUGGGAGAGACGCUCGGGGAUUUCGUUCGAGACUUCGAAGCGAAGAAACAAGCUCAAUACGGUUUUAUGACUGCAAGUCAGCUAGAAAGUGCAAAUAUGGGUGAGAAAAGCGGUAGCAGACAUUUAUCUAAAGCCGACAGAGAAAGUAAAAGAAAAGCCAAUUCUUUCAAAAAAGAUCCAUUAACUCAAACUAAGCUGCAAAAUUUUUUCACACAAAUUGCUUCAAAUGAUGUAUCCACACCUGCCUCUGAUGAAAGCGAAGAUGAAAAUACUUUAAUAAUAGACGAGAAUCCUAAAAAUAACCACAACGAUACAACCAUGAAGAUAGAUGAAACGAAUAACGAAACAACCAUUGACGGAAGUACAGAGGACAUUAAGUAUAAAAACGAAAAUAAAGCAACAAAAAGCAUAUCAAAAACUUUUGUAAUAAAUAUAACUUUGGAAGGUGUGUCCAGUAAAAACUCUCCAAAAGAUAGCAAUGUUGAUCAAAAAGAUAAAAAGAAAGGCAUUCAAAACGAGAACAAAGAUGCAGUUAAGGAAUCAAAAUCACCAAGUAAGAUCAAACCUACAGCUAAACGAAAAAUAAAAGCAUUAUUUGGAGAAUCUUCCGACAGUGAAGUGGAAGAGAAAAAAAGCGAGAAGCACAAAACUAAAGUAAAACAUAAACAUCAUAAAUCAUCUAAGGAGAAAAAACGUAAGCUAAGUGAGGCGUCAGUAGAUAAAGCUAUCAAAUCAGAAAAUAAAUCGGUAUUAAAAGAUUCUGAUGUAUUUGGAGACUUAUCUAAUAGUGGUUCUGAAAAAGAACUAGUUAUUGAUGAUCAGAUGGAAUCUCAAGAUAAUAGUUAUGAAAUGACAAAAUCUACUGACAAUAUAUGUAAUAAAAAUAAUAUUUCACCACAAAAUGAACCCGAUAACGGAACGAGUAAUGAUGAUUCCGUUAAUUCGAGCAACGGAGAUGGAGAAAGUCCAGACAAACCGGAUAAAGAACCAAAAAUAGCAGAUCCUUCAUCAGCUAAAACGGACGACACAAAGCUUUUCAAAGCACAUAAACUUAGCAUUGAAGCGGAUAAAGUUUUAAUGGAAUUGAAACAAUUUUCUGAAAUGCCACCGGAACCACCACCUGUUGAAAGCAUUGUUCCUGAAGUUAUACAACCAACUAAAGACAAUGAACCUAAAUCACCAACAAUUAAAGAAAAAUUAAAGGAUAAACAUGCAGAUAAACAUAAAGACAAACACAGGCACAGACAUAAAUCAAGUUCUAACAAAGAACACAAAGAAAAGCAUAUGGAAAAACCAAAAAAAGAAGAGAACAAAAAUGAAAAAGAGAAAAAAGAUAGUGAAAAACACCCAGAAAAAAUAUCAACACAUGUAAAAGAACCUAAGAAAUCUGAAAAAGUGGACGUAGCCGGCCUGGUUGUUAAACUACUUAUGCCUUAUUAUAAGAAAAAAAAAAUUAGUAGUCGAGACUUGUUUAAGAUAACAGCACGGCACAUAGUGCACCAGCUGUUGGCUAUACAAGUCACAGAGGAAGCCGCCAUCAAUAUGUUAUUAAAGAAGACUUUCUCAAAGGAAGUUAAAAUCGAAAAGGAAAGUGACUUACCAGUGCAGAUAGAUCUAAGUAAAAUAGUAUAAGAUAAGAUGUUGAUAAGAUUUUAUUUUUACUAUUGCCUAUUUAUUUACUAAGUGUACUUUGACUCUAAUGUUGUAAUUAAUA